AUGAAUACACGGCAGGGAAAUCACGCUCCCCUUCCCGACCCAUAUCGCCGUUCCCCCUCGUUUGCACAGUUGAAGCGGUGGCAGAGCUUCACAGGGCCCUACCAGCCACAUGCACUUCACUGGAAGGCAUUCCCGCAAAUGUCAAGCUCAUUACUGCAGCGACAUACGCACGCCGCAGAUUUGCUGUCAACAGCACAGCUACCUUCGAUGCAGCUUUUUAACUUUUCAUUCUCACUUCCUUGUUUUAUUGGUCUUUCUCUGCUGUGCCGCGCAACUGCUCUGCAGGUAUAUACGCUAAUACGCUAA